AAUCCAUCUCCGUCAUGAGUCAGAAAAACCCAUGGUCAUCGCGACUUAAAUAAUUUCGUAAUUAAUUCCGAUAUUAACGUACAACAACACUACAAGAAUGCGUGUUAAAUUAUUAAAACUAUUAUUGUUGAGUACCCGGUUGUUGUUUGGCAAUAAUAAAGCCAACAACUUUAAUUUUUUAAAAUAAAUAGUGUUGUUGUUGUCGUCGUCGUCGUGGUGUAGGGAUGCCUGGUGCAAAUAAUUAUUAUUAUUUGCUUAUGGCUGUUGUGUGUCGUCGUUCGUAAAAUAAUUAAAGUUUUUUUUUUUUUUGUUUUUUUUUCAUUCUUUCUUUUUCUCGCGGUAAUUAUCUUGGUGGUAUUUUUUUUUCAUUAUCAUACAUGGCUAAUUGUUGUUAACACAAUUACAACAACAAUAUUGUUUACGCGAUUUUUAAACGUGUGUGUGUGUGCAUAGGUGUAGUGAAGAAGUACGCUUGCUCGUUUAAUUUUUCACUUUUUUUUUUUUUUUUCCCUUUUUUUUCCCCUGUUUCAUUUUGUUGUGUUGACUUGCAAAAAAACCAAAAGAAAAAUAAUCAAUGGGUUUUUUUUUUUACCUGUGAUUCAUGGCUAAUCUUACAGGAUAACUAAAAUUUUUUACGAGUAAGAAAAUUUUGAAGGAAAAAAAAUUAACACAAUGGAUACAGGAAGGAACAGACCAAGUAGACCACGUAUUCGUUCACAUGGUAAUUCAGCAAGAGUACUUGUGUUUGAUCAAACUGAAUUGGAUGAACAAGCUAGUGGUGGUGGUGGUGCUGCUGGUGGUGUCGAUACAUCUGUUGCUGGUAAUCAACUUGAAAAAAUAAUGAGAAAAACAAUUUUAGCAAAAGUUGAAAGCAAAGAAGCACCAGCUCGUGAUGGAUCCAGUGAAUUAUCAAAUUUAAUUAGAAUGCGUAAUUCAGCGAUUGGUAAAUCAGCACCAUCGUUGUCAAUGCACAUGAGAGAAUUUAAUAUUCCACGACGUGCAGCCAAGGCAGCUCAUCGUAAAUCUUUUAUUCCAACAACCUCACCCACAUUGCCACGAUGUAAUUCUCCAUUGUCAGCGUUUGUUCCAAUAGUUGGAAGUCCACUUGAGAGUCCACGUAUGUCAUCAAGUCCACAUUUUGCAUUUGCUCCAAUAAAAAGAAUUGGAGGUGGAGCUUCGGGAACAGCAGACGGAAGACGAUGGUCGGUUGCCAGUUUGCCUUCAAGUGGUUAUGGGACAACGCCCGGUUCCAGCAACGUAUCGUCUCAAUGCUCUAGUCAAGAACGUUUGCAUCAAUUACCAAACAUUCCAACAAAGGACGAACUUCGUAUGUUAUCCUGUCAUUUUUCAAAACCAGGAACACCAAGUUCAUCACAUCCUGGUUUUCCAGGUUGUUCAAGUAUAUCAAGUAUACCUGGUAGUAUAUCAUUUAGCCUUGAAGAAGAAGGUAGAAGAUCACCAUUACAUCGUCCAAGAUCACGAAGUUUAAGUAGUCCAAGUCGAUCACCAGUUCUUGACAAUGAAAUUGUCAUGAUGAACACCCUCUACAAGGAAAGAUUUCCAAAGGCAACACAACAAAUGGAGGAACGUUUGACAAAUUUUAUAAAUGAAAAUAAAGAAGUUGAUGAGUAUGAUGUUGUUUCUCAUAUGGCACAAGAUUCUUUGCCAAUAAUACGUUUUGUUCAUCAUCAAAUAAUUGAAAUGGCUCGUGAUUGUUUACAAAAAUCACAAGAAAAAUUAAUAACAUCACGUUAUUUUUAUGAAAUGACUGAAAGUCUUGAGCAUUUAUUAAUGGAAACAAUUGAUAAAUCACUUGAAGCUGCUGCUCGUAUUACUGGUCUUAUUAAAAAAUUAUUAUUAAUAAUAUCAAGACCAGCUAGACUUUUAGAAUGCUUAGAAUUUGAUCCAGAAGAAUUUUAUCAUUUACUUGAACAAGCUGAGGGACAAGCUAAAAUAAAUAGUGGUGGUAUGAAAGCAGAUAUUCCACAAUAUAUUAUAAGUAAAUUAUCAUUAAAUCGUGAUCCAAUAUCUGAUCUUCAAGAUGACAUUAAUAAAUUGGAAGAUUCAACAAGUUCAAGUGGUAGUAAUGCUGAAAUAACAUCGUCAAGUUCAAAUUGUUGUGAAGAUGAUCAGAAUACACAACAGUCACAAUCAUCACAACAACAAUCUCAACAACAGUCACAACAUCUACAGCCACAACAACAACAUCAACAACGUGUACCACGUGAAAAUGAUUAUGAAGUAUUAAAACUUAUUAGUAAUGGUGCAUAUGGAGCUGUUUAUUUGGUUAAAGAAAAAAUAUCACGUCAACGUUUUGCCAUGAAAAAAAUUAAUAAAAAUAAUUUAAUGCUGAGAAAUCAAGUUGAUCAAGUAUUUGCUGAACGUGAUAUUAUGAGUUUUACUGAUAAUCCAUUUGUCGUAUCAAUGUAUUGUAGUUUUGAAACUAAAAAACAUUUAUGUCUUGUUAUGGAAUACGUUGAGGGUGGUGAUUGUGCAAGUUUAUUAAAAAAUAUUGGUCCAUUACCACCAGAUAUGGCACGUUUUUAUUUUGCUGAAACAGUAUUAGCUGUUGAAUAUCUUCACAGUUAUGGUAUUGUACAUCGUGAUUUAAAACCAGAUAAUUUAUUAAUAACAGCACUUGGUCAUAUUAAAUUAACUGAUUUUGGUUUAAGUAAAAUGGGGCUAAUGUCAUUGGCAACAAAUUUAUAUGAAGGAUAUAUUGAUCGUGAUACAAGACAAUUUUCUGAUAAACAAGUAUUUGGUACACCAGAAUAUAUUGCUCCAGAAGUUAUAUUACGUCAAGGUUAUGGUAAACCAGUUGAUUGGUGGUCAAUGGGAAUUGUUUUGUAUGAAUUUUUAAUUGGUUGUGUACCAUUUUUUGGUGAUACACCUGAAGAAUUAUUUGCCCAUACUGUUAAUGAUGACAUUGAAUGGCCAGAUGAAGCUGAUUGGCCAGUACAACCAGAAGCUAAAGAUAUUAUAACAUCAUUACUUUAUCAAAAUCCACGUGAUAGACUUGGUACACAAGGUGGUGCACAUGAAGUUAAAGAUCAUCCAUAUUUUUUUGGUGUUAAUUGGAAUACAUUACUACGUCAUAAAGCUGAAUUUGUACCACAAUUAACAAAUUCAGAAGAUACAAGUUAUUUUGAUACAAGAAUGGAUCGUUAUAAUCAUGAUCUUGGUGAAGAUACUGAUGACACUGAUGAUUCACCAUUGUUUGGUAGUUUUUCAUCAUACUCACCACAAUCAAGAAAAAUAUCACAAACAAGACCACCAAAUUUUAAUGAACAUGAUAAUACAAAUAUUGAUUUAGCUACUAAAAAAUUAUUAUUUCACAAUGAACUUGAACGUAAUGUUGUUAAAGUUUUACCAAAAACAAUACAACCUUCAUCAUUAUCAUCAUUUUCACCACCAUUACGUGCUUCAAUUAAUAAUAAUAAUAAUGAUAAAAAUAAUACAAUACAAGAUAAAUUAAUAACAAAAUUAUCAACUGCCAAAAUUAUAAAUUCUCCAAUAAUUACAAAUGAAAAACUCGAUAAAAGUUUAGAUAUUUUAUCAUCAUCAUCAUCGUCAUCAUCAACAACAGCAAGUCCAGCUUCAGUAAUAAGUGGUGAUUUAUACUCUUCAAAUCCUAAAAAUUCAACGACAAUUAUUGAUAAUAAUCCACCAGUACAUAGUACACCAGAAACAUCACAAAAUAUUGAAACUGAAUUUGAUAUUAGUCCACAAAUUCAUAGAAGACGUCAUACACAUGCACGCGACAAGCUGCCCAGAUUCAGUAUAUCCAUUGAUGGUGAUCACACACUGGAUUUGGCUGCUGCCAAUAGAGAAAUAACAGAGGACAGAUUAAAUUCAAGUACAGAUUCAUUUGAUUCAACGAGUACAACACCACAUGCAUUAUCAGGACAAUGUGUUAAACAAAAAUCACGAUCAGUCAUUAAAUCAGCAUCAACAAGUGGAUUAUCGUUGGUUAUUCCAACAAAUGAUUUUGCUUAUGAUCAAUCUGUAUGUCAGUCGAUUGAAUCACCAGGUGGUUCGUCAACAGCUUCGUCACGAGAUACAUCGCCAUGUCGUGAAUUAAGUCCACUUGUUACAAGCUUAAAACCAGCAAUUAUUAUUAGAAGAGGUCCACAUGGAUUUGGAUUUACUGUACAUACUAUACGUGUUUAUUAUGGUGACAGUGAUUUUUACACAAUGCAUCAUUUAGUAAUGGCUGUUGAUCAAUUGAGUCCAGCUUUUGAAGCUGGCUUGAGACUUGGUGAUUUGAUAACUCACAUUAAUGGUGAACCUGUACAGGGACUUUAUCAUACGCAAGUACUUCAGCUGAUGUUGAGUGGUGGUGAUCAUGUCACACUGAGAAGUACACCACUUGAAAAUACAAGCAUUAAAACUGGUGGUAGAAAACGUGAACUUGCACAGAGUAAACUUGCUAGAAAAACAUUACAUCGACAACAACGAAAACAAAAACGUGAUCAUUCAGAUAAAAAAAGAAAAACUUCAUUAUUCAGAAGAAUUAGUUCAAAAAGAGCAAGUGUUGAAAUGCAGCAGCCAUUAAGUAUCAAUUGUCCAAUGUCAGCACCCAUUUUAUCCAGUGACAGCAAACCUCCACUUAUGAUGGCUGCUGGAAUAUGUUCUCCGUCCAUGGUAACACCGAGCCGUUCAUUUCAAUCUUUUACUCGGUCAUUACCACCACAGCCAGUUGAAUUUUCAUCGUAUUUUACUGGUGGUAUACAAAAAUGUACUCCGUCCCCAACAACAGCAACAACAUUAUCAUCAUCAUCAUCAUCGUCAUCAGCAACAACAACAACAACAUCAUCAGCAACAAUAACAACAAACCGUCCCACAUCAGAAUCAUAUCAUUCAGCAUGUAAUUCACCGAGUACUGGUUCAACACCAAAUUCAUCAUCAUCACCAGGCUCAAGUACAUCAUCUAUUGGAAAUAUAAAUAAUAUAUCAAAUCCAUCAUCUCAUUAUCAACGACCAAGUACAUUACAUGGUUUAAAACAUAAACUUCAUACUGCUGCUAAAAAUAUACAUUCACCAAAUCGUCGUAAAUCAGUUGGACACAUUCCAUUAUCACCACUUGCCAGAACACCAUCACCAUCACCAAUACCAGCCAGUCCAACAAGAAGUCCGAGUCCAUUGGCUUUUCCAACUGGUCAUCAACCUGGUAGUUCAAAUACAACACAGUCUUAUAGUCCAGGUGUCACAUUAUCAACACCAGCAAGUCAAAAGAAAACAUAUGGUCGUCCAAAAUCAGCUGAGCCUGGUUCGCCAUUAUUGCGUCGUGCAUUGAGUCCAGAUCGUUUACAUCCACGUUCAGCUGAAAAUAAAACAUCAAUAUCACCACUUGCUAAUAAUUUGGUACGUGUUACACCACGUGUUACUAUUGCCCAAGCAUCAUUGUCUGAAUCUGGUGAUGAGGGACAAAAUGAUACAUCAUCAUUCAAAGAUUUAAGUGAUACUAAAAUUGGUGAUAAAAAACCACCAGUUAGUAGUUGUUGUUGUAACAGUAAUAGUAAUAAUAAUAAUAGCAAUAGCAAUAACAAUAGUAAUAGUAAUAAUAAUGAACAAAAAAUAAAUGAAUAUUCAAAAAUGACACAUGGAAUAUUAAUUAAUAUUCCAAAUGUUGUUGGUGGUAUGUCAAAUUCUUGUGGUAGUACACAAUUACCAAGAAUUGCUGAGGAAAAAGAUUCUCCAACUGGUUCAAAAAAUGAUGAUUAUAAUUCAAAAGAUAUUUGUGAUAAAAUAAGUGUUUUUGAAUCAAAAUUAAGUGAAUUUUCAUUAAUUAAUUCAAAUAAUACAAAUACUAGUGAUUGUGCAACAAAAACAAGUGUUAAAAAACAUGAUGAUGAUGAUGAUAAAUCAUAUUUUCCAAAAACUAAAAUGGAAUCAAGUCCAGAAACUCGUAAAAUUUUAAAACGUUAUAAAGUUGAUGGUCAAGAAAGUUCUGGUGCCGUAAGAAAAUUAGACAAAUCAUUUACAACAGAAGAUAAAAAAAAUAAGUAAAAUUAUUAGCUUAAUUUUAUUUUUUCUGUUUUAUACAUCAGAAAAUAUAUUAUAUAUAUUAUUUUUACGUGUUACCUUUCGUUUUGUUUUUUUUUUUGUUUUCAAAUUUUUCUUUCAAUUAGAAGAAAAAAAAAAAAAAAAAAGUGUAAAUAUUUAACGGAAAGGAUUGACUGAUUCGUGUUUUUUUUUUUUUUUUUUUUUUCGAUAUAAGAUUGACAUCUAUCAUGCAUUCCUCAUGGAAACAUAAACGAGUCAGUGCAAUAUUCUGUUUAAGUUGUGCAUAAUUUAAUAUUCGACUGAAAAAAGAAAAAAAAAAAAAAGUUCAUUGUCAUUCGCAGUAUUUUUUCGAUUGUAUUUUCAUCUUUCAUUAUUAUUGUUUUCAUAUUCGUCAUCAUCAUGCGUAUAAAUUCAUUAAGCACAUUAGAUAUUAGAAAAAAGAAAAAAUGAAAAUAGAGUGUGUUCGAUUGAGUGUGUCUAUUUCGAU